AUGGCAGCUACAGCCACCAAGAAGGUUUUUGAGUUCACAACAGAUGACGACGAAUUAAAUGUAAGUUAUAUUUUUAAUACUCGGAAUUACUAAGAAGAUUAAAUAACCUGGUGGGAUCUCAAAUUUACUGUUUAUAGGAUGUCACUGAUAAAGGAACAAUGUGCGAUUUCUACAAAUUGAAUCUACCAGCGAGUGCUUCAAUUCUGAGCAAGCAAAUUGCAAAAUCACAGGCAAAACGAGGUAAGUUGGAAUUAUUUUAUUGAUUGCAUGUGCAUGAAUCAAUCGUUCCUGUUAGGAAUUUUUAAAUGUACUUUUGUUGUGAUUGUGGUUGUUGCAUUUUGCAGUUAAAAAAGAGGAACGUGGACGUCGUCGACUUGAUCUUUCAACAGUUCGCGAACAAGAUGAGACCAAAUUAUCAGCUUCUGAAGAUCUCUCUUCGAAAUCAGGUUCACCUGCACCACCACCACCUUCACAGAAUUUGAAUAUGAAUAUGAAUAUGCAAGAGACUUUUCACACACCAAGAUCUCGUGUUGAUAAUUCAGGAAUUGAGGCGAAAUUGAGAAGAAAAGCGUCGCUUCCAGAAGAAACUCGCAAAUCCGAACCGAUGGAUGAAGAAGAAGUUCAAUUAUUAGCUAUGUUAUUAAGUGGAAUGAACACAGAUUCUGAUCGAAAAUUCUCACUUCCUAUCAAUUCUUCGAAUCAACCAAUCUCUAGCAAUCAACCACCAGCAGCUCCACCAACACCAGGACUUCCAAAACUUCCACCAAAUAUGAAAGUGUCUGAAUGGUUAUUGGAAAGAUCAACUUCACCUGAUAAUUUGUCGGUUGGCACUUCGGUUAUGUUGGAAGAUUCUGGAUUAGCAUUGCAUUUUGAUGAGGAUGAAGAUGAGUUUUUUGAUGCACCCGAAGAGAAUGAGUUAGAAGAUGUUACAUCUGCAGGUAAAUGUUGUAAAUUUAUUGUUAUUGUGUUGCUAUGAAAGAAUCUACACAGAUUGGUUUUUUAAAGAACAAAUGGCACCUAUUUUGUUGAAAAUUUGUUCAUUUUCAGAAAGAAAAACAAAAUGAUAUUCAGGUCUUUCAUUAAAUCGUAACAUGGCAAUGUCACAAUCAUUAGUUCGCGUUGAAGAAGAAACUGUAACCGAUGGAGGAAAUCGAGAUUUAUUGAUGAAUGGAUUACGAUCAGCUAGAAGUACUUCUGUCAGUCCACGUCCUACAAACGAACAACAAUUUGUUAGACAAUCCCCAAUCAGUGCAACUUUUAAUGUAAAACACUCGGUAAGUUAUGUAUGUUUUCGUGUAAUUCUAAAUAAUGGCCGAGUAACCCAGAAAUAAUUUUGGUAUAAAAUGAAAGUGACCUGAAAAUACUGAACUUUGAAAAAUCAACAAAAAGAAUUAACUCUUUUUGCAAUUUUUUUGAUAUCUGAAAAUAAAAACUUCCAUUUUGAAUAUUUCUGGAUUAUCAGGUCAUUAAAUUAAUUGUGAUGUUUUUUAUGUUUACUAAAAACUUUAUCGUCUAAAUUUAACAUAUUGUCCCAUUCAGCAUACAAUGGUACGAAAUAAUCAACCAAUAACCACAAAUAAUAAUGGUAUGACAGUUUCUCAACAAUUAACAUCAACUCCAUUAUCUUCUCGAACUGCUCGAUCUGUUUUACGUGUACAUAAUAUUAAUUCGUCGGCUAAUCAAAAUGUUCCGAAAUUUGGAACAAUAACAAGACGGGGUAUUUCGGGAAUUGCAAAAAGUCAGGUUAGCCUUUUUCUGACUUUGAUUGUGUUGUCUCGGGGAAAAUAUGGCAAGAGUUGCUACCAUUUUUAGCAAGCUUGCUACCAUUUUUAGCCAGCUUGCGACAUUUUAUGUAGCAAGCCUGAAGCAAGCUUGCUACAUACGUGUAGCAAGGCCUUGCUACUUUGUCGCAAGUCUUGCGAACGCAUACGCGAGGUCAUUAAAAAUCGCUGGACCUCCUAAUAAAAAAUGUAGAGAACAGUAUACCAAGAGACUAUUUAUUGAACAUUUAAUAUAUAAGACAAAACGAUUACAAAGUUAUACUUUAAAAAUUCGAUAAAAAUGUAUGUUUUCUUGUUGUCGGUGUUCUACAAUUGUAGCGUCCUUGAGAUGUUGCUUUGAUGUCGAAUAUGAACUCUGAAAUAAUAUAUACAAUUAUAAUAUUAUGGAUUGCUUCAAUGUUUCAUAGGUUAUGGAUUGAAUAUUGUUAAGGCACAGGCUUUCAGACUGCGCCUAUUUGGGCUUGGGAUAGUUUUUCGAAAUUAUAUAUAUUGUUCAUAGAUUCUUCUAAUUUGAGCAUGCUCUUUUUCAUAAAAUACAGUUUUUUUUUGCGUCGCAGCCAGGCUUGUGUGGAAAAUAGGUUUUCGGAAAAUUUCGGAAAACUGUGCUUUUCCGAAUCCAUCAGGUCGGAAAAAUUUUCCGAAGUCAUUUUUCCGAAUUUUAUUUUCGGAAAAAAUCAUUUUCCGAAAUUAUCUGUCGGAAAAAUUUUCCGAAAUUUUCAUCCGGAAAAUUUUCCGACUCGUAUUUUUUCCGAAAUUUUCCCAAAAAAGUCGGAAAAUCGGAAAACGCAUUUCCAUUUUCCGCACAAGCCUGGUCCCAGCCCCUUUAAAACCUACUCACAUCAUGUGAGUCACAUGUUUUUUUUAAUAUGUGAGUACGUUAUUAAAAUAUGAAAAAUAUUGUAGUCUAUCUCCUCUUUGAAAACAUGAAAUUAUUACAAUUUAACUGACCUCAAAUCAUUGCUCAAAAAAUACUAUUUUUAUCGAUUUGUGUAGCCAUGAUCAAUCGAAACGCACUCCAACUUGAUGAUUCGGUUCUGAUCCUACAAAUGAAACUUUUUAGAACAUUUUCGCAAAAGGAAUUCGAUUGAUUAAAAAUAAACUCACUCAGUAUCUUUCCCACACUGUUGAUCCAUUUUCCUUCUUCCAAAAUUGCCUAAUUUGUCUGUUGACUCACCAUCCAACCGAUCCUAAAAUAUUUUUAUUGAAAACAUAAUAACCAUACGGAAAACAGCGAUUCAGAACGUUAUAAACGUUUCCCACUAGGCUCAUAAUGUUAAUCUCUCAAAAAAAUGCGUUGAAAAUAAACUAUUCACUUCGAAAUCGUGUAAAAUAGGGAAAACAAAACAAAAAAAACAAAAUUAUUUUUCUGGCUACAGUAAAUGUGCCAAGCGAGGCUGAAAACUGACGCAAUUUUCUCCAUAUCGCAAGGCUUGCUACAUCAAAAAAGGAUCCAAAAAUGUCGCAAGACUUGCGACAUAAGUUGGCAACUCGAAAAACAGCGUGUUUUUGUGUAGCAAGCUAGCGACAACACCAAAAUACGUAGCAAGCUUGCGACAGGCUUGCCAUAUUUUUCCCGAGGUGUUUGAAUGUUUUGUUGUUUUUAAAAAUAUCAAGGUAACUUUUUUGCAAGCGGCUGAAAAUUUGAAAAAUAUUGUUUGAUUUCAAAAAAUUAUAAUUUUUAAAAGCCGGUUUUGAAAAAUGGUUUCACUGUACAAAUUUCAAUUUAUUUCAUUUUUCAGGCUGAAACUGAUUCAUCCCCUCAACAAAAUUGCCCACAAGUUACAAUAAAUCCAUCAACUCCAUCAAGACCUGCAUCAGUUGCCUCCUCAAUCGGCUCAAAAUCAAUGCCACAAACUCAAAGAACAUCAAAUCUCGAGGGAUUGCAAGAUUUGAUUCAUAUGCAAGAAGAAGGUUUGCUUUUUUUCACACAGGACUUUCUUUAUGUUGUUGUUUUUCAGCUCUUCGCCGCGCGGCUGAUGGACAAGUUGGUCGAAAAUUGUCAUUGAAUGGGGAUUUGGAUGCGAAUCGCCAAUCAACAUCAAUUCAUUCUUCUGUUGGAUCAUUGAGUUCGAGUAAAUCGAAUGAUGAUAAUAAACUUGCAACAAAUAGCGUAUGUCAAUUAAUUUUUUGAAAAUAAAUUCAAGCAAAAACUUUUUCAGAAAAUUCCUGGACCACGAUCUCGUAUUCCAACUCCAAGAGGAUCAACUGUCGCAAAAAGAGUGUAUGUUUUAUAUUAUUUUAACUUAUCUUAAGUAUCAAAAUAUUAUUAUUUUAAACGGUAUUUAGGUCAAUUGGUAUUCAGACAGGUACUUUUGUGUUUCUUUUCAAUUUUUCUUGGAAAUCACGGAAAACUAUCAAUUCACAAGCACCAAACACGCUUAAUUUUUCAAAAUUUCGAAUUUUUUGUUCAAAAUUCGAAAAUUUCAGACAUUCCGUGGCCACCGCCGUGCGUUUUACGACAUCGAAGCCACAGUCUGACAGCAAUCAUGGAAGCAGUGGAACAAUCAAUGGAACAGGAGAUGAUGAAUGUUUCUGAAUAUCAAAUUCGAAAUGAGAAAGAUAAAUGUGAGUUUUUUUAAUGGAGGAAAUAUUCGAAAAUGGAAAUGAAAUGAAAAUAAGUUGAAAAUAUAAUUUUUCAAAUGAAUGAUAAUUAUUUUAAAAAUUUGGAAAUCUGCUGAAAAACUUCAAUUGCUAAAUUUCUGACUAUGGAAGAAUGUUUGUUUUUUUUACUAGAUUUUUAUUGAAAAUUUUUUGAUUUUCAAAAAAGUCACAAUUUUGGGCCAAUUCAACAUUGUUUUUUUUCCAAUUUCCCCCACAAAAUAAAUUUUCAGCAAGUUCUCGUCGAUUAAUCCGAAGUACAAUUCUCUCAUCUCCAUCCAAUUGUGAUUCAUCAUCGCUUGCCUCAUUUUUACUUAAACCCCCUAGAAAAUGA